UGAGUUGGGCGAGCGCGGCGCUGAGCCGCAGAGCCGCCGCGCGGGCCGGGCGUACCGGGCCUCGGCCGACGGACAGCGGCGGCUCCGCAGAGGCGCCGGACUGCGGGAGCGCCCGAGUCGCGAGCUCGCGGGGGACGGCGAGAACUACGCGUGCAGCGAGGAGGACGCAGGCGGCGACGGCGGGCGGGCCUCGUGGGCGCAGCUCAGCCCGCGCCGAACUACCAAAGGCGGCUGCCGGCCUCUGCUGCACCGAGAGCGGCGAGCCCCCAGUGCCGCCCGUCCGUGCCCUCCCCCUCCGGCCCCUCCCUCCCUCCCCGGCGCAACAUGGCUGCGGCCGCCGCCUCCGCCUCCCAGGACGAGCUGAAUUCUUUAUACAAUUGCAUAUGUACGAGUGGAUGAACACACCAUUGGUGAUCCAGAGGAUUUUUGUCAAGACUGGAUAAACCAUGUAUCACAUUGAUUGUAGAGAUCAGCUUGAACGAGUCUUUUUACGACUUGGCCAUGCUGAAACAGAUGAACAAUUACAGAAUAUUAUAUCUAAAUUCCUUCCUCCUGUUUUGCUCAAGCUGUCCAGCACCCAAGAAGGAGUACGUAAAAAGGUAAUGGAACUGUUGGUCCAUCUGAAUAAGCGUAUAAAAAGCCGCCCCAAGAUACAGCUCCCCGUAGAGACACUCUUGGUUCAGUACCAGGACCCUGCUGCAGUUUCCUUUGUCACAAAUUUUACUAUAAUUUAUGUUAAGAUGGGCUAUCCUCGCCUACCAGUGGAAAAACAAUGUGAGCUGGCUCCUACGCUUCUUACUGCCAUGGAAGGGAAGCCUCAGCCCCAGCAGGACAGCUUAAUGCAUCUUUUAAUACCAACCCUUUUUCACAUGAAAUACCCUGUUGAAUCAUCAAAAUCAGCUUCUCCGUUUAACCUUGCUGAGAAACCAAAGACUGUGCAGCUGCUUUUGGACUUCAUGCUAGAUGUCCUUUUGAUGCCUUAUGGAUACGUGUUAAAUGAAUCCCAGAGUCGCCAAAAUUCAUCUUCAGCACAGGGUUCUUCUUCAAAUAGUGGGGGAGGUUCUGGAAUACCACAGCCUCCCCCAGGAAUGAGCUUUUAUGCAGCUAAACGAGUUAUUGGAGAUAACCCAUGGACACCUGAACAAUUGGAACAGUGCAAAUUGGGUAUAGUGAAAUUCAUAGAAGCUGAGCAGGUGCCUGAGCUCGAAGCCGUUCUCCACCUGGUGAUUGCUUCUAGUGACACACGCCACAGUGUAGCCACAGCGGCGGACCUGGAGUUGAAAAGCAAGCAAAGCUUGAUAGACUGGAAUAAUCCUGCCAUCAUUAAUAAGAUGUACAAGGUAUACCUUGGAGAUAUACCACUGAAGACAAAAGAGGGAGCAGUUCUGAAGCCAGAGCUGAAAAGGGACCCAGUCAGUACAAGGGUUAAGUUAAAGAUUGUCCCCCACCUCCUUCGUUCUAGACAAGCUGCUGAAAUGUUCCCGGCUAACAUUCAGGUGGUGUAUGAUGGGCUCUUUGGUACAAAUACAAAUUCAAAAUUAAGAACAUUAUCCCUGCAAUUUGUGCAUCACAUUUGUGUAACCUGUCCAGAAAUCAAGAUUAAGCCAUUAGGUCCAAUGCUUUUGAAUGGCCUCACCAAGCUAAUCAAUGAAUAUAAAGAAGACCCUAAGCUACUGUCAAUGGCAUAUUCAGCUGUUGGAAAACUCUCCAGUCGAAUGCCCCAUUUAUUUACUAAGGAUAUAGCUCUUGUGCAGCAGCUCUUUGAAGCCCUAUGUAAGGAAGAGCCCGAGACGCGACUCGCUAUUCAAGAAGCACUAUCCAUGAUGGUUGGAGCUUAUAGUACUUUGGAGGGAGCACAGCGGACUCUCAUGGAGGCACUUGUGGCUUCGUACUUAAUAAAGCCUGAAGUUCAAGUUCGACAAGUGGCUGUGAAAUUUGCCAGCACGGUGUUUCCCUCAGACCAUAUACCGUCCAGAUAUUUGCUCUUAUUAGCUGCAGGAGAUCCACGGGAGGAAGUUCAUGGAGAGGCACAACGAGUUUUAAGGUGUCUUCCUGGUAGAAACAGAAAAGAAAGUGCUUCUAAGCAGAUGCCAUCUUUCCCAGAAAUGGUGUAUUAUAUCCAGGAAAAGGCUUCCCAUCGAAUGAAAACGCCAGCCAAGUACAUGACUGGGACCACUGUCCUUCCAUUUAACCCAGCAGCCUUUGGAGAGAUAGUCCUGUACUUGCGCAUGUGCCUGGCUCACAGUGCGGGAGUGGUGCCCACCUCUCAGAGUUUGGCUGAUAUGCAAGAUCACGCCCCAGCCAUUGGACGCUAUAUACGGACUUUAAUGUCGGGCAGCCAGGCGACACCCUCCUCGUCUUCUUCCAAGAGUGGGGAAACCAACCCUGUUCAGAUCUACAUCGGCCUGCUUCAGCAGCUGUUAGCAGGUGUUGGAGGUUUGCCAGUCAUGUACUGUCUAUUGGAAGCUGUCUCAGUGUAUCCGGAAAAGCUGGCUACCAAAUUUGUAGACAAAACCGAAUGGAUAAAGAGUCUGAUGAAUAGCAGUAAAGAAGAGAUGCGUGAACUGGCAGCAUUGUUUUAUUCUGUGGUGGUAUCUACAGUGUCAGGAAACGAGUUGAAGUCAAUGAUAGAACAGCUUGUAAAGACUACAAAAGACAAUCAUAGCCCGGAGAUACAGCACGGAUCCUUGCUUGCAUUGGGAUUCACAGUAGGAAGAUAUUUGGCUAAGAAGAAAAUGAAAAUGGCAGAGCAGCAAGACGUGGAGACAAAUGCUGAUUUUCUGCCCGAACAAGAGGAACUCAUUCAGAGUGCCACAGAAACUAUCGGCUCAUUUUUGGACAGUACAUCACCCCUCCUGGCAAUUGCUGCCUGUACAGCCCUGGGUGAAAUUGGCAGAAAUGGUCCACUCCCAAUCCCCAGUGAGGGAUCUGGCUUUACUAAGUUGCAUCUUGUGGAAAGCCUGCUAAAUAGAAUACCCUCCAGUAAAGAAACAAAUAAGAUGAAAGAAAGAGCUAUCCAAACACUGGGGUAUUUUCCAGUUGGGGAUGGAGAUUUUCCUCACCAGAAACUCCUCUUGCAAGGUCUGAUGGAUUCUGUGGAGGCCAAGCAGGUAGAGCUUCAGUUCACUAUCGGCGAAGCCAUCACCAGCGCUGCGAUAGGAACUAGUUCUGUGGCCGCCCGGGAUGCCUGGCUCGUGGCUGAAGAAGAAUAUACGCCCCUUGCCGGAGCUAAAGUUAAUGAUGUGGUCCCCUGGGUGCUGGAUGUGAUUUUAAAUAAACAUAUCAUCAGCUCCAACCCACAUGUGAGGCAAGCAGCCUGCAUCUGGCUCCUUUCCCUUGUGAGGAAGCUAAGUACCCAUCAAGAAGUGAAGUCUCAUCUUAAAGAAAUUCAGAGUGCAUUUGUUUCUGUUUUGUCAGAAAAUGAUGAACUUAGCCAAGAUGUUGCCUCAAAAGGCCUUGGGUUGGUGUAUGAACUGGGCAAUGAACAAGAUCAACAGGAGUUGGUUUCUACUCUUGUAGAAACACUGAUGACUGGCAAAAGAGCUAAGCAUGAAGUUUCUGGAGAGACAGUGGUGUUUCAAGGAGGAGGCCUUGGCAAAACCCCUGAUGGCCAGGGCCUCUCUACUUACAAGGAGCUUUGUUCUCUGGCAAGUGAUCUUAGUCAGCCCGACCUGGUGUAUAAAUUUAUGAAUCUAGCCAACCAUCACGCAAUGUGGAACUCUAGGAAGGGUGCUGCUUUUGGUUUUAAUGUAAUUGCUACCAGAGCUGGAGAGCAGCUAGCUCCUUUCCUGCCUCAACUAGUUCCUCGUCUUUAUCGUUACCAGUUUGAUCCCAACCUUGGCAUUCGACAGGCCAUGACAAGUAUUUGGAAUGCGCUGGUCACUGACAAGUCAAUGGUGGAUAAGUAUUUGAAGGAAAUUCUUCAAGAUUUGGUUAAGAAUCUAACCAGCAAUAUGUGGCGAGUUCGAGAAUCCAGCUGUUUAGCUCUGAACGAUUUAUUGAGAGGAAGACCCCUAGAUGACAUCAUUGAUAAACUUCCAGAAAUUUGGGAAACUCUCUUUAGAGUACAAGAUGAUAUAAAGGAAUCUGUACGAAAAGCAGCAGAACUAGCUCUGAAAACGCUGAGCAAGGUUUGUGUGAAAAUGUGUGACCCUGCCAAAGGAGCCGCUGGCCAGAGAACCAUUGCUGUCCUCCUGCCCUGCCUUCUGGACAAAGGAGUGAUGAGUCCUGUGACAGAAGUUCGAGCCCUCAGCAUUAACACCCUCGUGAAGAUCAGCAAAAGUGCAGGAGCCAUGUUGAAACCACAUGCACCAAAACUCAUCCCAGCUCUGCUAGAAUCCUUAAGUGUCUUGGAGCCUCAAGUUCUCAAUUAUUUGAGUCUCCGGGCUACAGACCAAGAAAAGGCUGCGAUGGAUAGUGCCCGACUCAGUGCUGCCAAAUCCUCUCCCAUGAUGGAAACAAUCAACAUGUGCCUGCAGUAUCUUGAUGUGUCGGUGCUGGGUGAGCUAGUUCCUAGGUUAUGUGAACUGAUCAGAAGUGGUGUAGGUCUUGGAACUAAGGGAGGCUGUGCCAGUGUCAUUGUGUCAUUAACCACUCAGUGUCCCCAGGACCUAACACCUUACUCAGGUAAACUCAUGAGUGCUUUGCUUAGUGGCCUGACAGAUCGGAACGGUGUAAUUCAGAAAUCCUGUGCAUUUGCCAUGGGCCAUUUAGUUCGGACGUCACGGGAUAGCAGCACAGAGAAACUCCUGCAGAAACUCAAUGGCUGGUAUAUGGAGAAAGAAGAACCCAUCUACAAGACCUCUUGUGCUCUGACUGUUCAUGCUAUUGGACGGUACAGCCCUGAUGUACUGAAGAACCAUGCCAAAGAAGUUCUGCCUUUGGCAUUCCUAGGCAUGCAUGAAAUUGCUGAUGAGGAGAAAGCAGAAAAAGAAGAAUGUAAUUUAUGGACUGAAGUAUGGCAGGAAAAUGUACCUGGUUCCUUUGGUGGCAUUCGGUUAUACCUGCAGGAGUUGAUUACUAUCACCCAGAAGGCUUUACAGUCUCAGUCCUGGAAAAUGAAAGCCCAGGGUGCAAUUGCCAUGGCAUCAAUUGCAAAACAAACCAGCUCCCUGGUACCUCCGUAUCUGGGAAUGAUACUGACCGCAUUACUGCAAGGCCUAGCUGGACGAACAUGGGCAGGAAAGGAAGAACUGUUGAAAGCCAUUGCCUGCGUGGUGACAGCUUGCAGUGCAGAGCUGGAGAAGCCUGUGCCCAGUCAGCCUGGCACCAGUGAAAUCCUCCAGGCUGUUCUGAAGGAGUGUUGCAAAGAGAAUCCCAAAUACAAGAUUGCAGCAAUCAGCUGUGCAGGGGAUGUCUUAAAGGCCACCAAAGAAGACAGAUUCCAGGAGUUUGCUGACAUUGUCAUACCUCUCAUCAAGAAGAACUCACCUGAAAGCAUUGGAGUCCAGACGACCAAAAAUGAAGAUGAGAAUGAGAAGGAAAAGGAGCUCCAGCUGGAAUCUCUGCUGGGAGCCUUUGAGGGCCUGGGCAAAGCCUGGCCCCGAAAUGUGGAGACCCAACGUUGUUAUCGUCAAGAGCUUUGCAAACUGAUGUGUGACCAGCUAAAACUCAGCACAUGGAAAGUGCAGCUGGGAGUCCUACAGUCAAUGAAUGCCUUUUUUCAGGGAUUAAUGCUUUUAGAAGAAGAACAUGCAGAUCCUGAGGCUCUGGCUGAAAUUCUCCUUGAAACUUGUAAAUCAAUCACCUAUUCUUUAGAAAAUAAGACCUACUCAUCUGUGAGAACAGAAGCUUUAUCUGUGAUAGAAUUGCUGCUUAAAAAACUUGAAGAAUCUAAACAGUGGGAAAGUUUGACAUCUGAAUGCAGAGUGCUCCUGAUUGAGUCUUUAGCAACUAUGGAGACAGACAGCAGACCUGAGCUGCAGGAGAAAGCAUCGUUACUGAAGAAAACACUUGAAAAUCUGGAAUAAAUUAGAAGGGGAAGAAACAAACAAGUGCCAUGUUCAUUGGGGGUUGAAAUGGUGGUAUUCUCUGUGGGGGAAAGUAAAGAUUAAUCUGUAGCAUGCAUCAUUCCUUGGCUGAAAUAAAAAAAAAAUGCCUUAAAUUUUGUUCCUUAUUAGCUUUAUUUUACUUGAUGUUUUAAAAGUAUCUGGGCUGAAUAAACUAAAUGGAACCUUGGAUAUUUGAGAGGUGGUUGUAGGUGAAACUGACAGAAAUAGCUGUUGAAAGAGCUAAAGGUGUUAAUAAAGGAAGAGACAAAGUUGCAGAGGAAGCUGCAUAAAAAUCUUAGAACUGCAUCCAAAUUUUAAAAAGUUAUUUCAGGAAGGGGCUGUAUCGACUACUUAGUUUAACCCCCUUCUUUACAUCUGAAGAAACAGGUUAUGAGAUGACGUAGCUUCCUUGCGGAGGCCUGCGCUGAGGCUGGAACCUGUGUGAUGGAUGACCUGCCCAGGACACUUUCUUUUACAACCUGCUGCUAAUCAGUGCUAACCCUGGCCUACCUGAGAAACUCCCAAGAUGAGAUGGUACAGCAGUCCUGGCACCAGAACUGAACUGACCCAUUAUGUAAGCAUCACUGGAUUCUUGAAAUUCAGAAGUUGAACAUUGUCUUGUCAUUUGUUUAGAUGAUUGGUUUUUAGAAAAUGAUUAUCUACCAACCUUACAGGUUGAAAGGGAGGGAAAAUUUGGUCUCCAUGUAAUCGUCCUCCUUUUAUAAGCAGAUGAAGGUAGAUUAGGACAAGAUUGUUCAUUUUGUCUCUUACGUAUUUUGCAAAACACAAACCAACAACGAAAUCGUGACUGCUUGGUUUAGACCAUUCAUAAUCUCAAAACUGUAAAGACAAAUUAAAAUUUUCUACCCACUUUUAUGCUUACAGUCACGACUAUGGGAUAGAAAGGAAAGCAUUUUAAUUAGCCGUCUGGGAAUAACCUGAUACCAUUCAAAGUAAAUAACUGCAGCUGUAGGGUUUCUUCCUUUCCUUAUGCUGCUCAGGCCCCUGCCUGAGGAUGUGGGGUAAGGGGAAAAAACAAAUUUAACACAAGUGUUUAUUCAAGUAAAAGGAGAACUCUCUAGCUCACCUUGGAUUACAAGCACAAAAUUGGCGUACACUCAAUACUGACCCCUUACUGACAUUAACACCAGGGUGGAAACUCCGUGUUAUUAUUUUUUGUGGUCUCUAUUAACCAAAGUAUUUAAAAUUUUCUUGACUGUGACCCAUAGUAAAACUAACUUUUUUUCAUCAUGACCCAGAGCAAUGUGUGUGGGGUGGAGGGGAGGGAGGGAGGGAGAGAGAAACAAAGAAUGAAUAUAAAAUCUUUAACUGAAAUAAAAUGUUUUGUGAAAUGGUACAUUACUAUGUGUGACCUGCUUUGAUCCCUCCCCGCCAACUCCCCACCACCGUUCUGAAUGCUCUUUCAGACCCACUAAAUUCAUUUCCUGACUCAUAAAUGGGUUGUUAUUCAGUUUGAAAAACACUGCCAUAGAUAGUACCUAAACCUAGCUGCAUAUGCUAUGUUCUGGGGUUGCUUCUGUUUGGAAAAGGGGUUUACAAAUGAAAAUUUAAGUGUUUAUUACCAAAACAUCCUCUUAGCUGGUACUAAAUAUAAUUGUGAGUUUUAGCAGCAUCAUGAAUUUUAAGUAAACUAUCAUGGACUUCCACUUGAGAGUGGUGUUUGCUUGGGGAAAAAAAAUCAACUCUGGGUGUUUUUCAGAAAGCUUGCGUCCUCAUAGGACUUGGUGUUUUCCAGAUCUGUAUUUCCCCAUCCAUGAAGUGCUGUCUGACUUUCAUUUACAGUACCUGGGAUACUCUUCCUAGGCAAGAGUGCCAUGUAGGUCAGGUAUUGUUGGAAGGUAAGAGUGUAAGGGCAAGAAUUGUGCUCUUGGCCUGUAUCAAGUUUAAAACCUCAUCAGAUUUUAUGCUUUUUAAACUUUUUGUUAUUCAAUAUUGGGAAUUUCCCAUGGUGCUGAGAGAGGUGCUAAGAUACUUGAACCUUAGUGCUUAGUGCUGUUGAAUUAAUUUGUUUUAGUUUUCUAAGCACAUUUCUAAGUUUUACACUUAACUGCCUUCAUCUUGACCAGCCAAGUCAUUUGUACAACUAGUAACGUUAACUAUGGUCUCCCAGUGCAGCUUGUGUUGGUGUGCAUGGGCACACGUAUUUAUUUAAAAGAGUUAAUAACUGAGAGUUUGUCAUUGUGGAAUGUUGAUAUUAGUGAACAGAUGGCAAAAGGACCCGUGAACAUUUAUAUCUUUGGCCUUCAUUUUCCAAAGCUAUGUGGAACAGAUUUUUAUUAUUUUUUUCCCUAGGAAUAUUCAGUGCUACUUGUCAUAUAGGCAACUGAUUUAGAGAGUCUACUGAAUUCCUUAUUCCUGGAAUAUAUAUCGUCACAAAUUUAUUGAUAUGUGAAAAGGAGGUACCUGAAAUUUGGCAAUUGGAAAUCAAAACAAAGUAUCAAAUUGUCUUUUUGGUGAUAAAGAGCAGCCAUUUCUUUAAUGAAUGUUUGUGUCUAAUUUACAAUUGCCGGUGUGUCUGCCUGUAAUACAGUGUACCUGCGCAAUAAAACUGAUUGCCACCAAAUCCCCACUGCUUUACCCUUCCAUCUUUUACUUGUGUAUUUACUAAUGAGAAGAGAAAAGAAAAAAAGAUGUGACCUUGUUGGUCUGUGCUCUAGUAGCAUUUGCACUGUAUGAACACUGUCUGCCCGUUGGGGGAAGUUUCUAUCUGCUGCUGCCACAAUAUAUUCAUGCUGCUUGUGAAGUACAGGGAGUUAUUUUGACAUUGGCACUCAUUGUAAUGUACAAACUGUUGUUAAAUGGAUGUAUAUGUAACAGAUUUUUGUAUUUUAUAUGCAAAGUCUUCAUAGAAUCCUCUGCAAUAUGUACUGAGCUAGCUAAGCAUGUGGUAGUCUUGAAAGGAAAACUCCUUCCCAUGCCCAAGAAGAUAUUAAGUGGUAAAUAAAAGCUGCAUGAUCAGUUCUUUGAAGUGGUGCAUUAAUUUUUACUGGUUCUCUGGGAAAAUAGUUAACUUCCAAGGCAUUGCCUGGUUAUACUUUAAAGACCAAAAAAAGCCCUACUGCGUGCAGUAUUCUGAGCUACUUCUACCAAACAGAAAUUGUUGGCUUAAGUGUCUGGGAGUUCCAAGGCAAAACACAAACAGAGGCAAGGCACCUGAAUAAUUACUGUUAAAUGCUUAGAGAGAAGCAAUCAUUGAAAGAUUGGAUUUUUUGAUAUAGGUAAUCCCUGAUGAACACAUAGAAACAACAAGCAGUUCUGCUUUUGGUUAAGAUUAACAUACAUGGCUAUGCACAUAAAACAUCAGAGCUCUAGGUACAUCCUAUGUUGUAAACAGCCAAACAGAUUUUAGGCUGUGGCUUUUUGUCCGACAUCUCAGCGAGGCGCAGUGGGUAGCAGCUGCUCUCCCGGCUUCGCUGUGUCGCCCAAGGACGACAAGAAGAAGAAGGAUGCCGGAAAGUCAGCCAAGAAAGACAAAGACCCAGUGAACAAAUCUGGGGGCAAGGCCAAAAAGAAGUGGUCCAAAGGCAAAGUUCGGGACAAGCUCAAUAACCUAGUCUUGUUUGACAAAGCAACAUAAGACAAACUCUAAAGAAGUACCCAAACUAUAAGGUUAUAACUCCAGCUGUUGUCCCUGAGAUACUGAAGAUUUGUGGUUCCCUGGCCAGGGCAGCCCUUCAGGAGCUCCUUAGUAAAGGACUUACUAAACUGGUUUCAAAGCACAGAGCUCAAGUAAUUUACACCAGAAAUACUAAGGGUGGAGAUGCUCCAGCAGCUGAUGAAGACGCAUGAACAGGUCCCACCAACUGUAUAUUUUGAAAAAUAAAACUUUAUUAAAUCAAAAAAAAAUUUUUUUGUCUGUGGAAGAUAUGCUUGAAGGUGAGAGAUACCUUGCUUUUUCUCUCAUAGCAGCUAAAAAGCCUAAGCUGCUCCCUUCUAUGCUUUUCCUCCUUUUUCCCUUCAAGCUAGUACCAGAUUAUUUGAUUAGAAUAACAAUUGGUUUUUAAAAAGUGGAAAACCCACAACUAGAAAUAUGAAAAUCACUAAAGGAAAAAUCUUAUUGGUAAAGGCAAAUAUACAGUGAAGAUAGUAAAUCAACCACAUAUAAAGCUAGUAUGAGCAUUAAAAGAUAAAAGUCGUAAAAUCAUCUAUAUCCACAAUAAGUUGAGGGAUACACAAAACAGUGUAAAAUAUGUCAAAAAUAGUAAACGUGAUUAGCUCUGAUAGUUUUCUCGUAGCAUCUUUAUUAUAAAGCAGAAUCUAACACACCAUUGUAAAGCAAUUAUACUCCAAUAAAGAUGUUAAAAAAAAUGUAAACGUGGAAGUGGGUAAAAAUGCAAGGAUGUUAAAAUGCAUUCAAACUUAAGAGACCUGCAACUUAAUCACAUAUAUAUAUAUAUAUAUAUAUAUACAGAUUGCUAUAUAUA